UGGAACAACAUGCUCGGUAAUUUGAAAGAAAAGAUUUUUUCGUACGGAAUAUUCGGCACACCAUGUAGUGAGCUAAAUGAGGAAGAAUUGUUCACACUGCUCAACGAGCAGUGGGUAGAAUUCGUUACUGGCGAGCAGAUCGCCGAACUGCACUCGUCAUUUACAACACUAGCGCUCGAUUCUAAGCAGAAAGAAAUAUUGAAAUACUUUGAAGAGAGGCGGAUGACCGGUGCUAAGAAGAUCGAUUAUGGGCGUUGCGAGUUAUACGGUCCUAUGAACGAGUUAGCGAACAGAUAUGCUGCUGUAAACAGCUUAAAUUCGAUUGACGGCCGGCUGAACUACGGAUGCACGGCUGAAUACGAUGCCGUGGAUAAAGAAGCAUAUGCGAUCGGUCUGCAGCUGUCCUGCGAAGACAAAUACAUUCUACGCCUGCUUCUUGGAAACCUGUACGUCAGGAUGAAUACAGUUGCCUGGAAGGAGUACUUGACCAACGGAAGCUUCAACUUCACGUCCAAAGAAUAUUAUUACGUGUUUGACAUGCUUAUAAGAAUGAACGAGUACGUAUCGGUGGCCAAUUUGAGAGCCACGCUGAACAUCGAGCCAAAGAAAAUGUUCUAUAUCAUCAAAAAGCUGGCGUGCCUCGGUUAUAUCGACAAAACCGUGGAGGACAACAAAAUUGUGGUCAGAAUACGCAGAGAUGCGCAUGGAGACGUUGUUAAGGGACAGCAAAAGGAAAAAAGACGCAGCAUCAACUCGGAGGAUACCACUACCGAUAUGAGCACCACCAACUCAUUCGAGGAAAAGCACAUCGGGAUGGACAUUCUGAUCGGUGUUCCGUUGAUAACACAGCUAAAGAAUUUCAUUGAAGGCAGCAGAACGGGAGUAUGCUCCAAGGACAUCCAGGACAGGUUUGGUAUCAAACUGAAGAUCGGGCUCAAGCUGCUCAACAAAAUCACCGACAAGAUGGAGGGGAGUAUAAAAACAGUUGAAGAGUUCGAAGGCAAAAUAAAACGGACGAAAUUUUAUAAUGUGAACGAGCUCAGCAAAUUGAAAGAACGCAAACGACAGCGGAUGAUUGCGCGUGAACAGGGCGCGAACGAGGAGGGAAUAACGAUGGAAGAUAGGAUAAAUGCAAUUGAACAGAUUCUGGACGUAAAAAAGGCGUUUGUCCUGGACAAAGAGGUGUUUAAGGACUUUAAAUCGAUCCUGGGGUGCAGGUACACCCUGGACAGACGAACUGUCAUCAAUGCAGCCAUAAAGGGCGGGUUCAACGUUUACAAGCUGCACGAUGACGCGCAGGGUGCCAAGUUUGUCAUUGCGCACAAGGAUGUUCAGCAGGAUGACCCCCUGGUGCUCAACUAUUACUCACCAAAAAGGACAGCAGUCAGUCUGACACCCUUUCAGGCACAGAUCCACAAAUUCUUCGUUACAAACAGCAGGUUCACCGAAAUUGACAACGGAUUCGAGCCGAGUAUGAACAGGCGCGUUAAAGCGCUGUAUCUUUUUAUUGAACGUGUUAAAGACAACGAAUUUUACUUUGAUUGUGAUCUUUUACGGUUCAUGAGCUUGGGUCUGUUCUUCAAGCUGGUGUCGUUCAAACGAUACAAAUUUUUGGCCGAACUGGUUGAAAUUAUAAAGACGAGACGAAGUGCACAGCACGACAGCUGUGAUAAAACAAUGCAUAGAACAGCCAAAAAGGUGUCAAACGGCGGAAUAUAUGCAGAAGAGAAUGAUGAUCGUGUGAGCACCGGCGUGGAAGCACCGCUUGGAGAGCGCAACGGAUGCGAGUAUGGAUAUAAUGAAUCGCCGGAGAAAGAGAACAUUCACAAGGGCAAUGCUGCCGGUAGUAGCAUUGCAGUUGCGAGAACUAUCGAUUUUCUAGGUGGUGCUCCCGACCAGGAAACGGUGCACAUAUUAAAUUUACCGAUGGAAGAGAUUUUUAACAUGGAGUUCUGCACGGAUUACAUGAAACUACUCAGAAUGAAGUACGAGAUCAAAGCUUUUUUGCCAUAUCUGGUACUUAUGAACGAUUUGAAGGUCAUCCACCUAGAACACGACGAAAACACGGUUAAGGUAACGAAGAAAAGCGCAACACCGGAAUUCUGGAUGCAUGUAAAUCAGGAGACAAACGCUGAUGUUCAUCUUGAUAUCAGCGAACGCGAAGAGUUCUUCGAAAAAUGCAAGAUGAUCGAGGAGAAAAGGUUUUACAGGGAGUGCCUGUUCGUUAUUAACCGUGAUUACGAUGCGGAGAGAGCGAAGAUACUUAGUGCACGGCUGACAGCACUAAAAAAGCAGGUACCGUCCGUCUGUGACAGCAACUUAAGCAAGGUGCCGUUUCUUCCGCAGAUUCUUUACGAACAGUAUGUGGAUGUGAAAAAGGAUUUGGUGCUGAAAGGACAGAUCAACAUAAAAAAGUACAAUUUCACGGAUCUGGAGACAAUUCUAAAGUUUAUGAGGGAUAAAAGAAUAAUCUGUGAAUACAAGGCAUGCGCAAGCACAAUUGAGCUCACAAGCACUUUCAAGAAGAAGGUUAGCACCAAAAUGGACAACAUUGCACUGCCCGACAUGCCUGAACACCUGAAAGAGCGCAAAGACGAAAUGCACAUCUACCAUACGAAGUAUUUACACCUCGCAUACUACGUUCUCGUCCGAGCAGGAUCGCUUGAUGUCGAUCGGUUGAGUGAAAAAAUGGCGGUGCUGGAGGCUUUCGAGCUCUUGAAGCUCGUUAAGCACUUUGAUACGUUGUUUAACACAAAAGUCAUCAACGAAAAAACCAUCGUGUCCAUUGGUGAGGGCGAUAAGGUGCGUUUAAAGUUUUUGUGACAGGCACUUGAAACGGGCAUGGUUGAAUUAAAAGUUGUGAAUUGUGA